AGUCAACAACCAAAUGAAAGUGAUUCUCAUCAUAAAGGUCAUCGCAGUCAAAGUUCGCGAUCAUCAAUAUCAAGUUUUUUGGCACAACAAAGGCAACAAUCUGGUAUGAGUUCUAUAACGCCACGUGAUACUCGAAGUCAUUCGAGGAGUCAUUCGAAACAGAAAAGUAUAAGUGGUUCGACGACUAUUAAUGCCACCGGUUCUGCAGGCUCAACUGGUUCAGACGAUGAAGUAUCAGAAUGUCAACAUGCUGGUUGCUUGAUCAAGUUUAAUUGGUGGAAUCGAAGGCAUCAUUGUCGGAGAACUGGGAACAUAUUUUGCAGUGCAACUAGUGCCUUCUCGAUGUUGCUAUUUCCAGAUGGUAGUGAAGAUUGGGGUGGCGUAUGGUCAAGA